AUGGGCUUCGCUCCGUCACCGGCUUCUCUCGCCUCCCUCAGCCCGCUUCUUCACUCCCAGUACAUUCUUCUUGAGGAGAUUGGCGUCGGCGGGACUGGGUUCUGCCUCAAGGUGCAGCGAAGAACGGACGGCGCGGUGUUUGCGGCGAAGUUGAUCGCGAAGACCCGUCUCUCCAAGUCGUCCCUCAUCCGCACAUCGAGCUGGGGCGCGGUACCGCCAGGUUUCCAGCCGGAUGUCGAUGGUCUACUCGUCGUGCCGCUCGAGGCGUACGUCUUGCGCAAGGUCGACCACCCUGGCGUUUGCGGUUUCGUCGACCUCUUCGCCGACUCGCAGUUCUUCUACCUUAUCAUGGAACACCACGGCACCUCAUGGCGGUCGGACGACGCUUCUUCGUCUCUCCCUCCUUCUCCACCCAUCACUCCUCCUUCCCGUCACCUCCCACUCGACUCUUCCGACAUUCCUCAGCUCGCUCUCGCGCCGCCUGCUCGACCAGCACCUCCACCCAUGCUUCGCCGCUCGUCCUCCGACCUCUUCGACUGCACCGAGCGGCAUCGCCGUUUUGGCGAAGUUCUCGCCCGCUUCAUUUUCUGCCAGAUCGUCGCAACUGUAUGUGACUUGGCUCGCAUUGGGAUCAUGCACCGCGACAUCAAGGACGAGAACGUGACGGUCGAGGAGGGGAGCUGGAAGGUCAAGCUUGUCGACUUUGGCUCAGCGGUCCUGUUCAACCCUGCCGGGCCCGUGCCUAUACAGAAUGAGAAACGCUUCCACGGCACCUGCACCUACGCUGCGCCCGAAGUCUUCGCCGGUCGAGCCUACGCCAUGCCACCCGCCGAGGUCUGGUCACUCGGAGUUCUCCUUCACGUUCUCCUCACCGGCGAACUCCCCUUCAACUCGCCGGCCGACGCGAUGGCAGGUCGUCGGCGACACACAAAGGCGGUUCUCUCAGCGCCGGCUGUCGACGUGUUGGACCGGUGUAUGGCGGUGAGGGCGGAGGAGCGGAUCUCGCUGGACGAGCUUCUUGCGCAUCCCUGGGUUUGCGGGCAGUACCUUCAGUGA